ACGCAAACAAGUUAAGCUUCGCCAUCGCAAAUGGAAACGUGAUAAAAACUAAGAUAAAUAGAAACCACCCCCGAUUCAUUCGGACAUUCUUUGUGUGGGGGAACUAAAAUGAAGAAUUACAGCUUUGGAUUACAUGGAAAAAGCUAGUUUCGAUAGUUGUUCGAUUCCCAAAAAAAUUCAACGGGCAAAAGUAGCAUGCUGCAUGUGCACGUACAAAAUGUUUAAUAAAUUAGAAUUUAACAAUUUGGUCAUUACCAACAAGAAACAUAUACAACAAGCGCGUGCCCAAACCAUUGCAAGGGUCGUGAAUAAAUUGCGCAAAUUGAAGGAUGAACUGAAGAGGAAACCGGAAAGUGAAAAACAUCAGGAACGAUUACGCAAAAGCGUCGAGUGUAUUUCUGAGCUUAAGUCGCUCAAAUACAUGGACAUUAUGCGUACGCUGCUGCUGCAAAAUGGGAAAAAUCACAAGGCUGUGCUGACCAAUGGUCGGGCAACGCCGGAUGAAGUAGCUAUUGCCAUGUUGGGGCUAAACAAAAUCAUGCAAAUGCUGGUGGCAGCAUUUCAACAAGCCUUGGAUCUUGGUAAUAAAGCCAAUGACGACUGGCGUACUGCAAUAUUGGAGACAAGCAAGCGUCGCCUCAAAUUGGAACGAACCGAGGAAAAGCGGCGUAAACGUAAAGAGCUCAAAGAACAGAAAGCGCAGACACGCAAUCGUAUGAUCUGGUUGCAACAAAAUCAACCACCUGGCGAAGGCAAAUGCGAGCAAAGUGUCAUAAAUACAGCAGCUGGCGAAUGCCAGAUAGAAUGUCCGCUAACUCCGAAUCUUAAAGGCAAUGUGAACAUCAAGGAAAUUCAAGAUAACGCAACGUCCACAUCUUCAGCAGAUUUAUUGGAGGCAACUAAACAGAAAAGGCCCAAAUGCAAUGAGAAUCUACAGAAAGUACAAGAAAAGUCAAAGAAACGAAAAGCUGGGCAACCUGAAAUCGGAGAAGGAAAUAGGAUAGAAGAAAAUUCUCCGCAGUUUAAGGAAAUGGUUGUUAAUCCCAAACGCAAGAAAAUCAAGGAGGUGGGAAAUAAACCGAAGCAGAAGAAAUCAAGUGGCAAACUAACAGGAAAAGAAGGAAAUGAAGUUGUUGUAGAAAAUAAAACACAGCGUGAGAAAGCAGGCGCCAUUCCCAAUCUUAAAGAAAAGCAGGAAGUAGAAAACAAACCGCUGCCCGAGAAAGCUGAGGUCAACCGCAAACGCAAGACGGCCAAGGAACCAGAAAAAGAACGACCCACCCAUGUCGUCGAUCCCUUUUUCAUUACAGAAUCGGGACAACCAUAUCUAUCAACUGCAGUUGUUUUAUCCGGUGAUAGCCAUAAUGAAUCGGAUGAUGAUCAACAUGUGGAGCAAAGAAAACGCAAACCUCUGGCCAAAAAGCAGGAAUAUAACAGUUCACGUUCCAAUGAACGCCAUAACUAUGACCGUCCCAAUGAACGCCACAACUAUGAAAGUUCCAAUGAACGCCAUAACUAUGAACGUUCCAAUGAACGCCAUAACAAUGAACGUUCUAAUGAACGCCAUCCAUCGUGGAUGGCCAAGCAGCAGCAAAAGCCGAUUAUAGCCAACUAUAAGGGCAAGAAAACCAAGUUUAAUGACGAUGACAGUGUUGCGGAAAUAUCAACUGCUCCAGUUGCACAACCAUCUCCCACCGAUGGUGAAGCGGGUGCAGCCGGCAUGCAUCCGUCUUGGUUAGCCAAGCAGAAGCUGAAGCCAAAAAUUGCCAAGUUCACCGGCAAAAAAAUCAAGUUCGAUGAUUAAUCACGUUUGGGUUAUGUUU